AUGAGCCAAUGUUGCGAUGACGGAAAAGUCUGCGGCCCCUCUGCUUUUGCAAGACGCUCAUGGGUUGAAGUUGCUGACAGCCACGCGAUGCCUUCGUUGUCUGUGGUGGAGGAUACUUCGCUUCAGAGUCUUCGUCCCUGCAAUUCUAAGAGCAUACAGAUGCUCCGGCAUGCCCGUUUCUGCAAGAGCAAACCACCGCUUCAUCCUCUUGCUGCUGAUGCUGAGGAAGAUGACGCUGCUUCCGUCUCUGCGCUUCGGUUGAUUGGCUCCAAGAACCUUGCUGCUCUUUGGACGCAGGAAGGAGAGGAGUUGAAUGGCCAAUUCGACAACCUAGACUGUGCUGUCGUGUGUGUUGCUAUUCCUGGUGUUACUGCCCCAAUAUGGGUGUGGUUUUUCGUGCUUCGUGGUUCCUUCGGUGUUCUUCUCUCCCGUUCUGGUGUACCUUUCUCUAAUUUUCGCUAG